AGGAGGUGAGAUGGAGGUGGGUCAACAGCCAGGAGGAAAGCUUUAACGUCAAUUGUAUGUAAAAGAAUAUUCAUGUUUUCCUUGGCCAAAUUUUAAAGGAUCAAGUUUUACUGGCAGCUUUCCCACAAUCUUCCGUCUUCGAGUGAAGCCCUGUUAAAGGAAACGAUUGUGAAGCUGCAAAAAUGAAAUCUUUAAACUCCCCAAAUUCUCACCGUCUCUUUGAUUUCGCUCCGUCAAUUAGGCCAUCUUUCCUUUCUGUGGUGUUAGUUCUCGUUUGUGGGUGUCUCUGGGUGAAGAAUGAAACAACAAACGAGCGACUGGUCGCACUGCAAUCUCGCAUUGAUAACCUGCCCUGCUUGUUUAAUAGGAUAACACGUUCGUCUACAAAAGCUACGCCAAAAGAUCUUUACAAGAAGAUGCGGACACAUUUUUCAGGAGAGAUCGUCCAUACCUCAGGUAAAAUGCCAAGGCCUUAUGUCUUGAAUGAAGCAAUUAAGUAUUAAGUAAAUGUUACUUAUAGCUAGCUAAGUUGAAUGAUUGCAUUGUUUGAGUGCUUACGUUUGUUCUUAUUUUGGCAGAGGGCCACUCAUAUUUGCGAAAAGCACACUGUACGGGGGCACCCAACGAGAGUAUAGUUCAAAACUACGUAAACAUAGCAUUGUUGAGCGUACUUUAGUAUUUAAACGGUAGAUAAAGGCUUAUUUUUAUCCCCUAAAAAUUUUUCAUCUGUUCGGAUUUCCUAGCUGAAAUUAUGGUGAUCAGAAAAUGAUAGGGAUCAAAAAUUACCUUUUCGAAAAUUUCAGCCAGAAAAAAGGCUCCCGAAAAUUCUAGGUGACCUUUUUAGGGUAAAAAUCUGUUAAAAAUGGGCAAUUAUACGAUUUUUUUGAAGUUCGAAAAUCCUAGGGGAGGCAGGCAAGCAAGAAAUUUGUCGAAAAUGAUCCGAAAAUUCUAGACCUCAAAUCGUCUUCCGAACAGAUAAUUUUCCGAAAAUUGUCGUUGGGUGCCCCUGACUGUACAUGAUAUUGGUUUUCCUAGAAUCUAUUUGUUUAGAAAUCGUGAUUUACUAAAACAUUGGUUUCUUUGCACCCCCUUUGCUUCUUUUUUUCUCAGUGAAUAAAUUUCCCUCUUCUUUUUCCCUUUCAAAAGCCAGCUAUGCGCUUAAGGUCUAACAGGAAAUUAGGUUUUCCUUUAACAGAAGCAAACCCUUUGGGCUAAUUACAAGAUAGGAAAUAGUUUGAACUGGUAAAGACAAAAGGUCAUUAAAUACGUCAUACUGACAAUUGAAAGGAACUAACAGGAUAAACUGUAGGAUGAAGUUUCAAAUCAAGAUCAACAAAUCCAAACAUGCAAACAAGAACAGGAUGCCCAAUAAGAAAGGUAGCAAUAAAGCACUAAAAUCCACGAGGACAUUCUGUAGAACAAAGAGGAGAAGAAGGGAAAGGAUCGAUAGUCACUCCGCUAAGAAACUCAGGUGCUCUCUCCUAUAUAAACAGCUCAAACAAUAGAAGCGGUCAUAUAAAAUGAAGAUUCGAAAACACACACAAAAAAAACAAAAAAAGUAAAAAACGAACGAAACGGUCAUUAACCACCCUAUCUGUGCUGGCGUCCGUUAACUGGCCUAGUGUGGUAACGACGGAACCCCCUAAUCACGAACAACCUUAUUUUUCACAAAUCAAACAGUUCUUAUAGGUUUUAUAACAUUUUUCCUGCAGCCGUACCGUUGUCAAAAAUGGUAUUUACAACAACCAUCCGACCAAGAAACCGAAGGCAAGUUUUAAACGACACUUCAAAGAGUAUCACAGUACAUGACUUAAGAAAAGAAAUCACAGAACAGCUUGAGCAACUUAUGCCCCUCAAGUACUGUAAGUCAAGUGAAAAAGUCUGUCCUGCAGGUCCCCCCGGACUCCCUGGUCCCACUGGGGCGAAAGGACCACGUGGCAGGAGGGGACAACAGGGAAAGAGAGGGCCUCAAGGUCCCAUGGGACCACCCGGAAAAUCCGGAAAAAGAGGAAUGACGGGUCCUGCGGGACCGAGAGGAGAAAAAGGGGUCAAGGGAGAAUCUGGGCCAAAAGGCAUGCCGGGACCACCUGGAAGGCCUGGAAAAUCAAUAUCUGCACCACAAGUAAUGUUGUCACCGGCAGAACAGACAAGGGAUGAAGGAGGAGAUACGACUUUUUAUUGCACGAUAGGAGGAAAUCCUCCCCCUGCGGUCGAAUGGCGAUUCAAAGGCAAAAAGCUUGUGUCAGGUGCAAAGUAUUUGAUUAAAGAAGGAGAGUUGAUUGUUAAGAAUCUGAACUACAGCAACGCUGGGCAGUACACGUGUUAUGCCAGGAACAUUCUUGGAUCGUCUGAGGUCACUGGUAACUUGUCUGUCAGAGGUAAGAGGUGUAUUCAACUUUGAAAUUUGUUAUAUUUGUUGCUGCUUGAUUUUAAUCUUGGCGUUAUUAUUUAUCUUAACUUGUGCUUUAUAUAUCUCUCUUCCUUUUUGGUGAUCGUCUCUGUCUCUUUACUGUGAAAACAAACGUCUCAUACGCGGGGGCGCAAGAACCGUCCUCCCACCCUUCCUCGUCAUCUUUUUUUUUUUUCUUCUUCUUUUCCUUCAGCGUUAGGUGGGCUUCCUAUAGCAUCAUAUAUAAGACACCGCGUAAAGUUCCUUCAUUCGUGACUUUCUUGCAGUUUGCUUUUUUUUUCUCUCCUUAAACUGCCGCCUUAUUUGGUCCCUUUUUUAUAAUUUUGACUGUAGAAAGUAGCAAUACGCCCGGGGGGUGGGGAUACUUAGGUUAAUUUUUACUAUAUUUGGGUUAAUUAUUAAUAGGUAUGUGCAGAACCCCUACCCUAUUAUGUUUAUUCUGCGGCCAUAUUGUAUACCCCAUCUUAGUCACUUUUGGGCAAAUAUGUAAUUUUCGCGAUCCCAACUUAGUCACUUUCUAUUUUUAUGAAUUGACCCAUUUUUUUAGAUUGAAUGAAGAACACUUUACUUUUCAUUUGCAGUGCAAACAUUCUGGUACGUUUGCUAACCGUAAAUAUGAAGAACUGUCUUACCCCUAAAAAUCCUAAAAUGUGCGACCCCAUUCUAGUAACUCUAUUGAAAAUGCGACCCCAUGAUAGUCAAUCCAGUCGUGAAAAUUUGACCCCAUCCAGCGGAACGUCCCCAUUAUCGUCUCAUAAUAAUGAAGUGCCCCCUCCCCUAGCCUGAGAUCAUGCCCCUCCGUAUUAUCCCUUAUGUCUCUCACGGGAAGAGGGCAUGAUACAUUUCUUUGUCGGAUCACAUGUGAAAAAGCCAGAAUCUGGACUUUUUUCUGAUUGGAUUAAGGAUGAUUUGCGCUGUUCCGAUUGGCCAAAAUGCCGCCAUCCGUUAGUUGUUGUUGAUUUCAGUCUGCAUUUUUGCUUGCGUAAUGAGCAGUGAAUACACACGCGAGUUCGUUAUGAAAUUUCUGCCGGCUCAGUUUUCUUGAAUUUGAACAAUGCCUAAAUAGAAGUUUCAUCCACUGAAAUAUUUUCCAUCUCAUCGUAUACUAAAUAGUUGCAGUCAAAACUUCACUGAUCAUUUGAAUGCAAUUUGAUACCGGCUACAAGUUACAGAAGCGACAAACGGGUUCACUUUUCAAAUAACCAAUUCAUGAAUGGAAUCUUGACCUGGUUUGACUGUAAUUCGUCCUUCAGAAAUCUGCGAAUUAUUCUGAUCGAUCUUCGCUUUCACCACACCUUUCAGUUCGUGAAAUAUGGUGCUUCAGCCUAAUUUUUUUUUUCACUGCUUUCGGUACGGAACGAAGUCAACGAGCUUUAACCUGUAAAUUCUUUAUUACUUGUAGCUGUUAAAUAAAGGUACGGCAGCUCCAGCUAGCAGUAUUUCAUCACAAAAACAACACAUUUAAUUUUUUUUAGGAAUCGAAGCGCCAUCUGAACACUGACGUACUUAAAAAUUUUCUUUUCCCUAAAAUUGAUUUCAAAAGAGACAUUAUUCGCGCCAAAAUUUGAUUCCUGUAUGGUAAACGCUUAUUGGCUAAUAACAUGACUGGUCAUACAGACGUUAGAUUAUGUAAAUUAGGGGGCGGUUGACGGCUUGUUAAAUGAAUGUAUCAGGCGUUAUUUUUUUCCCUCUCGAGCCAAAGAAGCAAAGAAGAGCAAAAAAAAAAUAAAAAAUAACGCCUGAUCUUAGGUUACCCCCCCCCCGGGCAACGCGCAUUUAGUUGUACAUAAUUCCGCGGCAAAUAUGAAGUGUAAAAUGUUAGUUAUACAACAUCAAUGGAAGAUGGUGAUUGGAACAGAUGACAAGUUGACAAAUGAUAUGAGAAGAAUUAAUUGUUCCUGUUUCUUAUAAGGUAAUUUGCAGUACUUUCGAUUCUCCCAAUGAUGACUUUCCAAGAUGCCAGCGUAGUCCUAAGUUAUUUGGAUAUGAGAUUCGCCAUUUUUUUUUCUAUUUCAGGCCUCCCGGUAUUCACUAAAGUUCCACAACCACACGCCGCACCAGUGCAACACACUACCUUUCAAGUAUCUUGUCAAGCAGAAGGUUUUCCUCGCCCCACAGUAACCUGGAGUAGAGUUGGAAUGCCUUUGCCAGCUGGAAGAGUUGUAGUAAACCAAGGUGCACUAACCAUUAAAAACUUGACUCCUGCUGACAGCGGUUUGUACGACUGCGUAGCAACCAACAUUAUGGGAACAAAAAAGACGAGAACCAACGUAGCAGUGCAACGUCACCUAGGUCUGUAUAUAUAUAAAUUAGAGGCAUUAUUUACACCCACAUAUAUAUCAUCUAAGAUAUAAACAUUCUUUACGCGACCUAGGUUACAUGUAAGGUUCAGCCAUCGUUUAAGCCCUGGAACGCGAACGAGGAAGGAACGAAAUGAAUCCGGCGUUUCGUCCCAGUCUACUGCAGUUGUCGCAAAAUACAAUUUGGGUGAUCCAGAUUGAAACCUUGAAAAUGAUUUAAAUCAAAUACAAUUAUUUCCGUGUUGCGCUUCAUGCCUGCGUCGAUCGGUUUUCUUUUUUACUAGCCGUCUGACGUCUUAUUCUUAGGAGUUAUACUUGAUAAACACUUACCUUGGAAAUCUCAAAUACAGAACGUUGCAAUUAAUUGAAGUCUCAAAAUCAGUAGUCAUGAAUGUUGCUGACCCCCGAUGACUUGAUCCCUCCCUAACUCGAACCAAAUCGAUUUCCCCUGGAUUUCCUUCCUACAUUUACUCUACUUACCCUCGGCAGGAGUAGCCUGCGUAGCAAGCGUUUCCAAUCGAGUUACUGCGCGAACGUUAGAGCGGGAGCAUAAAAAAAAAGGUGGAAGGGGGAGGGGGAGGGGAGAAGAGGAAACGCUUGCCCGCAAACCCCACGAUUCUGGAAAACGCCCCUUGAUAUUUCACGGUUCGGUUGAUUUGUAAAUUGACAGCUCGUCAAAAUAGAAGUAUUACCCCUGGAUUACCAGAUUUGGAAAAUUACUUUGAUCUCCAAUGGAACACGUUCCAGGCGAUUGCAAAAACUGUAAUAAAAAAGGUUUACGAUAAAAGAACGUUAAAACUCUGAGCGAUUGCUGCGGAAUUUCUUGUUUUUUUUUGUGGCUUUAUCUCGUCUGAAACCUUGUCGAAACGUCAAAAAUGAUUUGUCCGAAACAAUUCACUCCGCCGGCUAUAAGGUUUGCAGAGCUGCUGCUCUUCAGCCCGUGUCGAAACGUUCUCUAAAAUACAUGUCGCUAAAUUUCCAAUAAACAAAAAUAAUCUUUUCAUUUCAAAAAGCUGAUAAAUCGCUUGUCCAAGGCGGCUCUAGCUGGUGUCGAGUACCGAUGUUCUGAUUUACGUUGAUGUUAUCUCCAACAAACAGUCCAUUUUUUCCAUUCAGAUCUGCACGCCGUCAUUCCCAAUAAAUUGGCCUUCCCUAGUCUCCACUGCUCAAUCUGCAAUUAUACUUUGAAGACUGUGAUCUUAUAAACCUCCGCACAAACACGAUUCAAAUAAACAUCAGUCCAAAGCAUUUGUAAUCUGCGACCACAAAUCAGAUGAAACCAGAUCUGUGACACACGUAAACAAAGCAUACCUGGUUUGGUUGAUGUUUCGAGUGCUAAGUAAUCAACACUAACAGCACCGCGCCAAUCAGAAGCUGCGUUCGUGGGCGAACGCAGUUUUUCAAAAUCGUGGGGUUUGCGGGCAAGCGGUUCCUUCAUUCCCCUCCCCCUCCCCCGUCAUUCCUUUUUUUUUUGUUCUCGUCCCAACUUUCUCGACGAACUCGCGACGAAACGCUUGCUACGCAGGCUGCGGCAGGAGCCGAUUACUUCGUAAUCGGCUCCUGCCCUCGGUAACACGGUAUCGAACCUUCGAUCGAUAACUCGAACCUCUCGCUAACUAGACGAACAUGUAGUUUUUUAUCCUCGAUAACUCGAACCAUGUUUUGAUUACUUAAAACGUCGGGAAAAAAAACAGUUUACUGGAGACUGAAACAUUGGAUUUUGAAGUCUCACUGACGUGUUGUAGACACAUAGUUUACUAGUACUGGAGGCUGCUGUUGUUUGUCACAAACUAACGUGAAACAGCUUUACUUCUCAAAACAGUAAAACGCAUGCUCUAUUUAGGCUAUGUUUUUGUUACAUUACGUUCUGAUUUAUAAUCUAAAGGUCUCUCUCAAUUUUCGCUUAACAUUUCUAUUAUAAAAUGUGAUUAAAAUGCUCAUUGUACGGAGAAAAACUUUUUCUUACCUUAACUGGCGGCUAUUUUCUUCGAACCCUCGAUAACUCGAACUUUUUUCGAUUUCCCUUGAAGAUCCGAAUUAUAUCGGGAGUCGAUUAUAUUUACAAAUCAAGUUUCUACCUUCAUAAGACUUCCUUUUUAAACCGCAACAACGAUUUUUAGAGUAACACGGCGUUGCAACAUUGUUGCGACGUUGUUUCAAAUGGUUGCAACAUUGCUCCAACAUUGCAAUGCUGUGUUUCGCAAAAAAUCGUCGUAGCGAAUCCUCGCGUGUAAUAUCAAGUCUCAAAGUUUGAUUGCUCUUAAAAAAAAAAAAACCGGUAAUUAGAAUAAUAAUUGCCAUGAAUACUUUUAAUUUGAUGCACAUACCAAUCCUACUUUUGUGAGCCUAUGAAUUCUAGACUUUGAAGAUAUUAUCAAACGUCAAAUAGGUAAAGUGUAUCUUUAUAAAAGAGGCCUUCUUCCUGAUAGUUUCAAUGACAUGCUUUUAUUUAACUGUGACGUACAUUCAUAUAACACUAGAAGUUAGAAUUCCUUCCGUCUGCCCCACUGCAGGACAAAUGUAAGGAAAUUUUCACGUCGUAUUCAAACGCCCAAAAUAUUCAAUUUCCUUAGCUGUGAAAUUCAGAAUGCCCCUAGUACUGCUGUGUUUACUUCCAAACUUAACUUAUUUUCUCUCGCUUUUAUUUUUUUCGCAUUUUGCAUUAUUUUUUCUCUCUUUUUCUUUCUUUCUUUUUUUUUUUUUUUUUGUGCACUUGCGCUUUUAGUCUUAUCUAUUUUUAUCCCAUUCAAUGUUAUAAACAAAUUGUAUAUGUUUAGUUAAAUUGCCUUUCCAAUGCCAGUGACGUUUGUUUCUUAUUUUAGGCAUAUAUAUUUUAAAGGUGGUCCUUUUUCAUACAGGGACGGACCAUUAGAAAAGUUAUGGGGGAGGGGGGGGGGGGAAUUUUCGAGCCGCAGGAAUUUUUUUUCGUUAUCAAAUCAGCCUUGUAUGAAUUGUUUUUUUAGGCCAUAGCAUGAAUAUUUUUAGGCAUAAUUGGCAUACAUGAAUUUCUUUAAUUAAUUGGCCAUCUCAUUUGAAUUUUGUGUAUAUAUUUAAUUUAAAUAUAUGACAAAUUAAUCAAGGUUGUCUGGUGUCAACCUGAGAUUAGACUUGGCAUGCCAAGUCUAAUCUCACGUUGACACCAGACAACCUUGAUUAUAGUACCCUCUAGUCCUUCUAUUGAGCACUCUGCCGAUAGCCGUGCAUAUACAUCAAGUGGAUAUAUGACAAAAUAAAUGUAUAAAAACAUAUUUUAUUAGUGAUAGGUUUAAAAGCCUCCGUUAUUGUGGGAAACAACAGAAACCACUUGAUCUCGUUAAGCAACUGGUUAGCACCUGUGGCUAAGGGCGUCUAUUCUCUCUGGAAGCGCUGUUGGCGUGCAUCUGUGGACGGUUGGGCUGCAAGUACAUUUCACUCACGAUGUAAUGGCAAGGGACCGACUGUAACAAUAAUAAGGGUUGGAAAAUAUAUUUUUGGAGGAUACACCAGUAUUUCAUGGGGUAAGUUAUUGUUGUUGAGAUAACCACUGUUCCAGGCGUUCAGAUAGUAGAGCGCAGUGUUCGGAUGGUGGGGAGCGAGUUAUGCAAAGGAAACGAGGACGAGCAAAACUAUCCAGUCUUUGGAUGCACAGAUUGAAAGGAUGUUUUUUCACUUUUCUUAGAUCUUAUUGUAGCCUCACUCCGCCCCUUAUCCUCUCGCAUCAUCACCAUUUCCUGAAUUUAAAGACGAUUCUAAUCAUUAGCAAGCUUCAUUUGAAACUAACAAGUACUUAUACGGUCAUAAAUAUUAUAAUCUUUUAGCUGGGGAUUCCAGAAUGCAUAUACAGCAUGCUAAAUCAUAGUCCAGUCAAACUGUGGUUUAGCAGCAAAGUAAUUACAACAGAUUUUUUUUUCAACGCCAUUAAAUUGUUGGAUGACUAUUUAACAACAUACUAAAAAUCCGCCAAAAUCAGUUCGGUGAAAGAUGUGAAAAAUUGACAAUAAAGCUUUUCAACUUUCACCACAGGAUACCCAAUUUCAGGAAGAUCACAAAUUCAAGUCUGAUAAUUGUGUUCUUUUUUCUCAAGAAUUUUUGAUGGAACAUCGCUAAUGUUUUUUUGGGUAAUUUUUCUUUUAAAAACGCCGACAAAAUGUGUGAGAAACACGUGGGUCAGUGUUUCGUCUUGAGGGGUUUGCACAGGCUUCCCAGCCACUCGCCUGUCUUCACAUUCUGUUUUCCAAGCUUUAAUUGUUUUUUCUAUGACGGUAUUUAAAAUGGAUUAUUAGUGAGUCUGUGUUAACAUGGUUAAAAUAUUAGCAAUUGUUUUUUUUUUUGCUCAAUAUCAGAAAUGCAGUAAGUAUGAACAGUUUUACAUCAGGCUUGUAAGUUUUUUUAUAUGCUGCAGCAUGGAUGCAAAUUCAGAGUAGCUGACUGAUGGUGAACAAUUUGAUUUGAUGUUUUGUUCACCUUCAGUCAGCUACUUAAUUUGAAUCCAUGCUGCAAGAUACGUGCGACUAAAUGUUUGCAACGGACGAUAGCUUUGUAUCAGUACAAACUGUUUAUCCUAUUCCCAUUUUGCUCAAAAGUCUUGGACAAUAUGUGUGAUCGAAAUCAGGGAUUCUUUUUAUUUCUCGCGACAUGAGCAACCUCCUUUAUGAUUACGACUCUGUACUUUACAAUGUGUGUGGAUAAGUAUUCUGCUAAGGACUCCGUCUAUUUGGUUUUUGCUUAAUCGUAACGGUCUGCGCUUUUCAUUACACAUGGCCGAAUCUGUAGUAAGGGAAAUCCAGAAACCCAAGCGCAGUAUGAUGGUUCUUUUUUUUAAUCUUCUUCUUGUAGCGAGUCUCAGAUCUCAGUUUAGUUUAGUGUAUCUCUGUCAGUUUGUAUUUUCUGCGUCAGUCCUUCAUUUCUUGGUAAGAUGAAUAAGUAGAUUAAUCGCUCUGUGGUCUAAAGGCGUUUGUAUUUCCUCCUUGCAUUUCUUUUCUGAGAACAACCAUGAACCUUGACCAGUUUUUUCUAGCCCAUUGGCAAAUGAAGACCUGUCGUGAAUGCUAACGCAGAAACUUCACGAUUUCACAGUUUCAAGGGUUUAUUCCAAAUAGGAAAAGUUCACUGCCAAAGGUACACACGAAAUCUAAGCCCAAGUAACUAAAAAAAUUCAGAUAACAUGCUUAAAAACAAGGUAUUGAAAUUGAUCCCUUAAUGAUAUACAUUCCGAUCACUACCACGAUAAUGAAUGAUUUUCCAGUAAUCGGAUACCCAUGUUUUGCGCACAGGAUUCUGGGAUCGCCAGGGGGCAAACAUUGCGACUCGCUACAAAGAAAUGUAUGGCGUGGAGUUGUUUCUCCAUUAAAAGUAGGGUCUUUGGACAUAGAAUGCCGCAUUUUGCCGUGAUUUUAUGAGAAACGGGGGUGACUAAUGUUGGUGCGUUGAAAUUUCAAGUUUCUGUGUGAUUAAUGCGAUAAAUUCUAUCGAUAAACACCCCUUACGUGAGAUUGAGUGUGAAAUUUAUGUUUACUGAAUUUACACAGACAUGAAGAAUUCGAAGAAAAGGUCUCGAAAUAUAUAGUGCAAAUUUAGGUAUACAUGUAGGGGGGAUGGCUCAUUUAAGCGUUUAAGUUAUAAUUAGGUGUGGUGAUAUUUACGACGAGUGUAACUACGCUCGCGAUCAGCGCUGUGCGGCGCUUUGCGGGUUAUAACAAGACAACAAUCGUUUUUAUGCACGUGGCCAUAAAAAGAAAAAAUCCUCCUUUACUUUGGUGUAAACAAAGCGACAUCUACAAAAUAUUUCAUGGAAAGUACAUGGUAUUGAACCAUUAGUAGAUGAGGCAGAAAUCGUACGAACGAGUAAGAUUUCCGAUACAAAGGCGGUGUGUUUGAAAAUAAAUACCAAGUUGAUGUGCGAAAUUCAGAGAUUCUAUAUCUUCCCUUAAAAUGAUUGGAAAAGGCAUUAGAACUCAUCAGUGCUCUGGAUCAUGACAAAACAAUUCGCCUGUGUUUUUUUGGCGAGAAGAAAUCAAUAUACUAAUGUGCGGAAGAUGUUUUUGUUUUUAAAUCUAAUACAUAUCAAAUUCGACAAUACAUAAGCUUACCUUUGAUCGUUGUCACAAACCGGCACAGCAUUGUGAUCGCUGCCGAGCGGAGCGUAGUUACACUCGUUGUAAAUAUGAGCACAUGUAAGUACAACUGGAAAGGCUUUCCCCGCUCAUUUAUACCUAAGUUAGUACUAUAUAUUUCGAGACCAUUCAGUAAAUUCACAGUCGACCUUUCGCAAGAAUCAGUGUUUACCAAAAGAUUUCACCGCAUUGAUCCCACAAAAACUUACAAUUUCUUCGCACCAACAUUGGUCACCUCCGCUUCUCAUAAAAUCAUGGCAAAAUGUUACAUUCUCUGUCUAAAGACACUGCUUCUAACGGAGAAACAGCUCCACGCCAUAUAUUUCUUUGUAGCGACUUGCAAUGUUUGCCCCCUGGCGAUCCCAUAAUCCUGUGCGCAUAACUAAGUGUCCGAUUACUGGAAAAUCAUUCAUUAAGUGUCCAUCUUAAUUGUCACGCAAUGUUAUAAUCUCACACAGACCUCUUUUUCUUAACGAUCAUGGGAUCCUAUACGUCUGAAAAUAAUUGCAGUGGUCAAUGAAGGCCCAAAAGUACUGGACAUAUGUACAACAUUAAUGGGCUUGCCUGACUUAGCUUCUUAUGGCUCCCCUUUUUUGGCGCAACCUAUGUUUCUCUUCAGAUGUGCGUUGUAUAACACUUCAACUUAGUGCAUGUUAACGUUAUGACUGAGUUGCGUAAAUUAUGCUCUGCGCGGGGAAUUUCCAUUACUCCAUAGACUCUUACAGUAUAUUUUUACAUACGCAUUGUUUUGGCUACCCAGCGUUUGUCUUUCUCUUAAAAAGCAGAUUCCCUAUUAUACUAUUUCGUUUUCUUGAAGCAAACGUUUGCUGGAACCAAAGUUCUUAUGCGAUGAAUGUUCCGUUAACCUUUAUAAUUUUUUUGCGAAGGUAGCAACACUUUUCCUUAAAUGAAAACGCACUUCCCUUUUAUCAAAUUCAUAGGCAUUGGAGCUUAACCUGCUCAAAAACUCUGCAUUGUUGUGCAUAUCGUAAAGGAUUAGUUAAACUAUUGCCCCCUCCUCUCCAUUCACUUUUAACAAGAAGAAAACGAAAAGCUUCAAAAAAGUGAAACUGGUAUAUCGUAAAAGCCUGCAAAGCAUUAUCUUACUAGAUUUUUGAGAACGUACCGAACAAACUAAAAUCGUCGUUUUUAUCCCCAAAAGCUAGGUAGCAGUUAUUCUUUCUUCUUUCACUUUCCAUAAAAGUAACAAACACAUUUUGCGCAUUUUUUGUUUGAACGUUUAAUUUCAACUAACGUGGGUUCCAUGUGCUAAAAGCUCAAAACGUUUAACGCUUAAUUUUGUCAUGUUCCACCGAACGAAUUUUGGCGGAUUUUUAGUAUGUUGCUAGAAAGGCCACCCUUACUUAAAAGGCGUUGAAAACAAUUCCGUUGCAAUUAGUUUGAUGUUGAGCCUCAAAAAUGCCUAGACUGACUGGACUAUCAGGCCAAUUGUGAUGAACGGAUUAUUUAAAAAAAAAGUUUUGGGAAACCUUUAGAUACAAUUUCUGUACCAAACGUUUGUACUUUUAAGGCCUGUUAAAGGGCGAUAAUUAGUUCUACUAUAAUGUGCCUCCUACAUUCUAAAUUUUCUUGCUAACAUUAUAUAAUUAUGUACACGUAGUUUAAACAACCUCCUGCUAAUUUAUUGUACAAAUAAAGUAUUAUCUAUAGAAUGGAGUAAAAAAAUACGAAUAAAAUACAAACACUUUUAAGGCAAUGGAGCCUGCUACAUCAACUAUUUGUACUUUGAUAAGAAAACUGAAUUAAAAAGUUCAUGAGUCAGUUCAAACGAGAACUUCAAACCUGGUGGCAAUUUAGUGUGUAAACUGCGUUUGAGUGAAUUUACCAUUUAUUUUAAUUGUACAUCCGUCGGUUAAUUUGUUCAGUUAAAAUAUGAUGAAUAUAAAUAUUUUCUGGAAUAAAGAGUGUUUUUUUGUAGAUCAAUUAAUUGAACUUCUUUCCGACAGAUUUUUGCUCAAACAACCGUCGUUUGAUUAGUGUUUUUUGUUUGUUUGUUUGUUUGUUUUUUGCGCAUUUUUUGUUUGUUUGUUGUGGUUUUUUUUAAAUUUCGUUUUAAAAUGUUUGUACUUGUCCUACAAAUACAAAUGGAAGAUGUCAGACUCAAAUUCGUUUCAAAUUAGAAAGCUUGUUUCGAGGUUUGUCUUCAGAGUCAAUGCACUUGACGGGUGGUUUAAUUUCUAAAGUGAGUAUCAGAACAAACGUCACUAAUUACACUUGGUUCCAUCUUUAAUUUCUGUCUAAUAGAUUCCAGCAGUGGGUACCAGUACGACUCCAAAGCAUUUUUGUUUUCACUGGUGAACAAACCAGGAUGGGCACCUGUUAAACUGCCUCAGACAGGGAAAUAUAGUUCAAGCAGAUAUUCAAUAUACUGUGGCUCAUCGUAUGGACCUGUAUUCGGAGGAGGAAAUGACAUUUGCAUUUACAACUACGCGUCAUCCAAUAGCCCUUCUUACAGCAGCCUUGGCCAUACUUACAGCCCACCGAGCGGGUACAGCUACCAAAGCACCUUCGCCCGAACAUUCCUGGCAGGAUCAUACAACUUCACACCAGACGAAGUAGAAACUUUUUACGAAACAAACUAGAAAUAAUAAUUAAUAAUGGGUCACAUGCACUUUGAUAUUAGUAUUC